AUGGACGACGUCCUCGAGCUCCACGUCUGGGGCGCUGCAUUUGGCCUCCCCUCCAUCGACGCCGAGUGUCUGGCCGCCAUCGCCUACCUGCACACCGCCCUCCCAAGCUCACAAUGGCGUCUGGUCCCGAGCAAUGACCCUGCCGUCCAUUCAUCAAACCGCCUACCGGCCCUUAAGGCCAACGGCGUCUGGGUAACGGGCUACGCCUCCAUCGCGGCCCACCUCGCCUCCCUCGCGCCGCACUCCCCCUCCUGGGACCUCGACCUCGACUCGCGCCUCACCCCGUCCCAGCGCGCAGACGCCCUCGCCUACGCCGCCUACGUCGAGUCUGCCCUUGCGCCCUUGUUAGAUGCCGCCCUCUACGGCACCCACGAGAACUGGGUUGCCGUCACCCGCCCCGCCCUGAGCCACCUCCUCGGGUUCCCCCUGAGCUGGACCGUUCCCGUCAUGAUCCGGAACCAGGCCACGGCCCGGUGCGCCCACCUCGGCCUCGACUCCCUCGGCGCCGAGGACGACGACGAGGAGAACGGAGAUGACGCCGCCGUGCCCAAGAACCGCGCCCUGGACCGCGCGAUGAAGCACCUCCCCGUCUCCAACAAGAAGACGGUGCUCGAGGAGAUGAAGGCCGGCACGGCGCGCGGCAUCAGGCUCCACGCCAUCACCGUCGACGCCCUCUCCCCCCUCGAAGCCCUCCGCGCGCGGGGCGAGGACUCACCAGGCGAGAAGAAGCGCUUCUUCGGCGGCGAGGUCCCCACGUCCCUCGACUGCCUCCUCGUAGGCUACCUCGCCCUCAUCCAGCAGGUCGACCUCCCGCAGUCCUGGCUACCGACCAUCCUCGCUAAGAAAUUCCCCCACCUCGCCGCCAUGGCCGCGGACCUCCGCGACGAGUGCCUCACGAACCCGGGCAACGCCCUCCCCUGGACGGCGGCACCUUCGUCGUCGCUCCGUACCGCGGCGCGCUUCCUCGACAACGUAGUGCAGGCGACGCCGAACCUCGGCGAGGCGUACCUCCACGAGUGGCGGCGGCGGGCCGAGAUCAAGGCCAAGGGGGCCUCGGCGGACCGGAGGACGCUUGCGCUCGCGGGCGGGGUGUUGGUCGCUGGCUCGGCGAUCGCGUACGGCGUGUGGACGUAUAAGAGUCUGCCGCCGUGGGGCCUGCGGACGCAGACGUGGAUGGCGGAGAAGAAGGGGCUCGGUAGGUUUGGCGAUUUGGGCCAGAUGCUCAACUUUUCGCUGGGACUUGCGGACCCGGUGCCGCAGGCGAGCCCGGCUGCUGGAUGGGGUUCGGAGCAUAGGUAUGUCGAGUCUGAACUGGCUGUUGAUUAA